AUGAACCUCAUCCCGCUCCUCGUUGCACUCUACUUCCACCGCCCGACGUUCGAGUCCGCCCUCCGGGACGGCCUUCACCUGCGCGACAACGGGUUUGGCGCCGUACUGCUGCUCGUGUGUGCCCUCGGCGCGCGCUACACGGACGAUCCACGCGUGCUCCUCGACCGGUCCGCGUCCCAGUCCGCCGGCUGGCAGUGGUACAACCAGGCGCAGAUGAUCCGGAAGUCGCCGCUAGCCCCGCCGCGGCUGUACGACGUCCAGCAGUACUGUUUGGCGUCACAAUUCCUCCUGGGGAGCGCGGCUCCUCAUAUGGGCUGGAACAUGAUCGGCCCCGGUCUGCGCCUUUGUCAUGACGUGAGCGCCCACCGGGGCAUGGUAUAUCGAGGCGUGGGCGAGGGCCAGAUCGUGGAGGAGCAGUGGAAACGCGUCUUCUGGAUACUGGUUAACCUCGACCGAACAACCUGCAGCGAUCUGGGGCGGAGCCUCGCAAUGCUUUAUGACGACAUCGAUGCGCCCCUGCCUCACGAGUGCGAUGACGAGUAUUGGCGUACUCCGGACGGAAAGUACUUCCAGAAACCGCCUGGAAAACCCUCGAUGGCGUCCCACCUCAUCUGGAAUAUCAAAAUCCGUUCCAUUCAGGCCUUCGCUACCCGCACCCUCUUCGCUGUCUCCCGACCGAAGAGCUACGAGUGGGAAGAGCGCAUUACAGCUAGGCUGGAUCUGGCGCUCGAGAAGUGGAAGGAGAAGAUCCCUGAACAUCUGCGCUGGAACCCGUCCCAACCGAAGGCGGUCUUCCUCCGGCAGGCGGCUUCACUUUGGUGCAUGUACCACUACACGCGAAUCAUCAUCCACCGGCCGUUCAUCAUCUCCGCCCGGCGUGCGACCCCACUCGAAAAUGGACACAUGGGGAAGGUGUCUUCGUCGGCGGGCAGUCAAGAUAGACGCAUAGCGGGGAGUUGGAAUUCGGAGAAGGAGAUCUUGCUCUACAAGAUUAAGUAA